UGAUGAUCAUAUUGGCAGCUGCAUCGUUCCGGCCUGCUGAGUUAUUGGAAUUUGUUUGCUGCUUUUCCUGCUUUGUAUCGAAGCUACGCCUGCAGCACCUCUGUGCUUGUGCAUAGUGAGGGAAGCCACAGAGGAUGUUCUCGUCUUCAUCCAGGAACUCUCUGUUCUCUCCCUGGUCAUCCAUGGAGCAGUCAGACUCGGAAUUGCUGGACAUCAGCACCAAAGUGCAGCUGCAUGGCGUGCUGUGGAAGAGGCCAUUCGGACGACCAUCAGCCAAGUGGUCCCGCAGAUUCUUCAUCAUCAAAGACAGCUUCUUGCUCUACUAUGCAGAAAGUGAGAAGAGAAGCUUUGAGACCAACAGGUACUUCAACAUCCACCCAAAGGGAGUGAUUCCUCUGGGAGGAUGUGUGGUGUCAGCAAAUGAGGACUUGGGGAUGCCCUUUGCCAUCAUUAUCAACCUUGAAGAUUUCACUGGCACCAUAGUGCUGGCUGCUGAGUCUCAGGAGGAGCAGGUCCAGUGGAUGGAGAUGCUCCAGGAGUCGGGGAAAGUCACAUGGAAAAACGCCCAGCUGGGGGAGGCCAUGAUCGAGAGUCUGGAGGCUCAGGGCUUGCAGCUAGCCAAAGAGAAGCAAGAAUACCUGGAUAAACUGAUGGAAGAGACUGAAGAGCUUAGUCAUCAAAGAGCUCAGAGAGAGGAGCUGGAGCGUCUGAACCAGAUCCUGGAGGAGGAGAAGCAGAAGUUCGAAGAAGUUGUGAUGGAGCUAAAGGCAGAGCAGGACCAGAUCAAACUAGACCUGGAUGGCACAGCUCAGUCGCUGAAAGGUGUUGAGCGUGAAAAAGAAGAGCUGAGCAGCUUAACGAUUACUCUACAGAAAUCCAUUGAGGAGCUCUCUCAGGAGAAACAGCGGACGCUGCAACUGCUGGGGGUAAAGGAGCAGGAGGAGGCGGAGGAGGCAGAGGAGGAGAGUUCAGAGUCGGCCCGCAGGGAGUCUGAGGACGGUGACCUGCUGCAGGAUCUGCAUCACAUUGAGGAGCAAAUGAAGAUCCUGCUGAAGGAGAAGCAGCAGACUGAAGAGAAGCUCCACGAGAAUGAGCAGCUGGCUUCGGUCCUGCAGCAGGAGAGGGAGUACUACUCGUCUCAGGCCCGGACGCUGCAGCAUUCGCUCUCUCAGCUCAGUGUGGACAAGCAGCAGACUGAGGCUGAGCUCAAGGCAGAGAUAGAGUCUCGGAUGGAGCUGGAGAAGAGGCUGAAGGAGGCCGAAGAGGCUCUGCAGAACUUGGAGAAAAGCCUGAACUCGGUGGAGCGAACCAAAGAGAGAGAUGAGAAGAUGAAGGGAGACGUCACGCAGCUGAGGAGGUUCUUUGAGGAGUGUAUCUGUGCAGCGGAGAUUGAGGCGAAGCUCCCAGCCAUAAUGAAGAAUGCAGUGUAUCUUCACAAAGCUGCUGCUCGCAGAAUCAAGAGCUGCCGAAUCCAGAGGCGAGCUUCCAAGCGCCACUGGUUGAAACACUCCAAGUCUUUUGCUGUAGCCAGCACUGACGGCGGCAGCAUAGAGGAGCUGAGGGAGACGGCCCGACGCCUGACCUCUGACAGCAGCUUCAGAGAGAGCGUGUACAAGAUCAUGGCUCGCAAGGAUUCCACGAACAUAACAGACGUCUGAGAGGAGACAGAGCGAGGUAAAAGAAGAGAAAUGGUCCUUAGCUUUACCUCCGUCUCACAGAGAGUCACCCAGAGAUGCUGUUACCAAACUCACCUUUAAAACAUUGUAAAUGAAUGUGCACAGAAAUCUGUGUUAUCUAAAGCCAUGACAGAAUUUUGUUAGUAUGUAAGAGCACUGUUCCUGUGUUCCCUCAUGGUCUGAUGGCUUUGUUGUUUUUCUUCAGUUAACAGUUCUGGGAACAGUAGGGCCAGAGGAGAUGAACCGGGAACUAAACUCCUGUUUCCACUGCAGCUACUUCUUUUUUGCGGUUACUGUUCAUUUUUAGCACAACCUCCAUGUAACUGUUAGGAAUAAUGUUAUUUUAUUCUUUUCCUUAGUUUAAAAAGCAGGCUUCAUUUUUGUCCGAAAUCAUUAUUUACUAGGUAAUGUUGAUUGUAUCAGUUUUUUCACCAAAUAGUGUCAUCAGAAAUUAAACAGCAGCAGUAGCCCGUGGUCUGUACAGUAGUUUCUUCUAACAGUCUUGACUUUAUAAAUGUGAAAACGAUGGCUACAUGGCUGACAGUGUUGAGUCAAAAAGAAAAAGGAAGUAGUGAAUGUGUGAAUAGCUUUAUUUUCCAGAUUCUUGCAGUGGAAAUAUCCUGAUAGCUGCUGAGCUUUAGUUCCUGAUGUUCAUCAGUUCCUGGAGGUUAAAAAAACAACCAUAAGAAAACUUCAGAUCUGAUUUAGCCAUAUGCGAAUAUCCUAGAGCUAAACUCGGACCACUUUAUGUAAUCAACUAGAGACUAGUUACUUUUCAUGCUGAAAAAUGAACAACAGAAAAGAGUUUUUUUUUUUUAAAGUUUACUGUCAAAAUCUUAACCAGUGGUUCCGUGUCUUUGGUUUGUGGCCUCUUGUAGAAAACGUGUUUAAACUGUAGGUAAAAUAGGUCAUUUUCACACAUUCACUACAGCCCUAAACCUUUCUUUAGUGGAGGUGGCUGUGAGAACAAAAAUGUUUAACACACAACAGACAUUAAAUGGUCUUUAACCUGCCAGCCCCCUAUCACAAAGUCUGGAUGAUUGCCGAUUGUAGCAGUUUGCACUGAUGUGAGAGCAGCUGCAAGUGAUACUCAGGUGAAUCCACUGGGAGUGUGUAAUUGUCCUGUGUCCUGCUUCGUGCACACUAUGGUAAGGUAGCACCCUUGUUAAACCACACGUGAUGCAAUGUAUCUGUGUGCCACAUGGGAGGGAAAAAAAAAUGGGACAAUGACCUGAUUAUCCUCACAUUUCAAAGAGAAAUAAUUCUCUGACAUCGCUCAGUUUAAGGCUCAGAAUUGAAAACCAAAUGUAGCAGAAACCUGACAGAUUGAUUUUGCAACCCUCUGGAGGAGCCCGGCCACUGGGUUGGGAACCACUUGGGAUUAAAAUACCUUGCUGUAUAAAAAUGUUGUAAAAAUACAAAAGAAAUAUGAUGCUAAAUAUAAAUUAAACUCACUGUUAAAAUUUGAAUUACACAUUUCUGCUAAUACUUACAUGUUUGUACUUAAUAUGAUUAAGUCUCCCAACAAUAAGAUGCCAUAUGUAAUUUUAAACUGUAUUUCACACAACCAGUUAAGUGUGUAAAUGUAUGUGUAAGCAUUUUCACCACUCUGUAUUCCUAAAGAAGCUCCACACUAAAUGAAGCAGAUGGCACAGACGAUGCAAAUACAACUUGAAAAAUGUGUUUUUAUUUCUCCACAUUUGAUUG